GGACGCAUACAAGAAUUUUCCUACAAAAUAUCCUAUCGCUCCGGUGCUCAGAAACUUAAAAAGCCAACGCUCGCAAGGCCUAUAUAACAAUUGGGCGUUUUGCUUCCCUGCUCUUCGACGAUCUCUCUGCUUGUUUUUCUGGGUCUAAUACUUUCUUGUAAAAUAAUUUGAUAGAUAUUAAAUAUACUACGUAGGAGAUGGGUACUACGGAGCCCAACUUGGAAAAGUUUUUUGAGGAGAAGAAGCGCGUCAGGAACCCUCUUGUUCCUAUUGGUGCCCUUCUGACAGCCGGGGUGCUCACGGCUGGCUUGAUCAGUUUCAAACAAGGGAAUUCUCAUUUGGGUCAGAUGCUAAUGAGAGCUCGUGUGGUUGCCCAAGGUGCUACGGUAGCACUAAUGGUUGGUACUGCUUACUACUAUGGGGAUAAUCCCUGGCGAUCAACAUAAAUUAUGUACACACUGCUUUGGAUCUUUUCUUAUAACAUGUUAUGUUAUUGAUUUUAUCGACUGGAGGACGAUUGUCCUUUUCAGCUCAUGCACCUUUGCAAUUUUGCUUAUACAAUCAUACAUAUAUGCCAAUCAUUACGGCUAUUCUGAAUAAAUUAAGUUUCCUAACGAUCAA